CAGUUUGAAGAGGCUUGCAGAAGCAGCAGUAUCAUUCUGUACUAUACAAUUAUAUCUGCUACAAAACGCUUUUUUGUUUUGUUUACACUUAAAAACAAUCAUAGAGAAGAGCGUUUCGAAUUAAUAUGAUAACCUAUAAUAGUUUAAUUAGUUUAUCCGAAUAUUCCUUCUAUAUUUGUGUUUUUUAUUAUUUUUUCAAAUAAGUACACCUAGAAAUUGUGGGAUUUGGGGCAAAAAAAAUUGUAGCAUAAAAUACGUAAUAUAUGCACGUAGUCUAUUUCUGCAGAUUUUUUUUUUUUUUCGUUCACUGUAUAUUGCUUGUCUUUUAGGAGACUGGAACUGUCUUUAUUUUCUGUUAAAAUGAGCGCAUCCUUGCUUUUCUUGUACUGUCUGUACCGGUGAUUUGUAGCCUGUCGACUGGGCGGUCCAACGUUACGCCUUCCCUUCGGCUGUCCCUGUAGUACAGGUAGGGUACCUUGUCUUUUUGAAUUGCACGACACCAGUAGUAUGGAUUACAGGCACAUUGCAAAUACAGUAGCUGAUAAUCUACUGAACUACAGCAAAGACGAGAGCGGAUGGAAAAUGUGUAAGAAAACGAAUGAGGUAGCUGUCUUCUGGAGGCCAUCCUCUGAAUUUGCAGGAAACUUAUACAAAGGAGAAGGGAUAAUCAAUGGAAGUCCUGAAAAGGUGUGGACGUGUUUGAAACCAGUGCCAGAUGGACUCCGAGUGAAGUGGGAUAACAAUGUCAAAAAAUUUGAGCUCAUCCAGUCCAUUGACGAUGAGGUGUCUGUCUGCAGAACAGUAACUCCGUCGGCAGCAAUGGGUAUUAUUUCUCCAAGAGACUUUGUGGACGUUGUUUUAGUUAAGCGCUAUGAAGAUGGGACCAUCACCUCCAAUGCUACCAAUGUUGGCCAUCCCGGUUGCCCACCUCAGCCAGGCUAUGUUAGAGGAUUUAACCAUCCCUGUGGGUGUUUCUGUGUACCCAUUCCUGGGGAGCCAAGUAAGACACAGCUGUUCAGUUUUUUUCAGACUGAUCUUGGAGGCUAUCUCCCCCGAUCUGUGGUGGAUUCGUUCUUUCCUUCGAGCAUGACUGAUUUUUACAACAACCUCACAAAAGCAGUGAAGUCUUUCAAAGAAAAUUAAUUACAUCUCUGGAGCUGGAAAACAUGAAAAGCAUCGUAUGUUAUAUGGCAUUAUAUUUAUUCCCUUCUUUGUGGUGAGAUUGUUACUCUUUUAUAAUGCUGUGUACAUGCAUACUGCCAAUGGUAUCGCUUUACUUUUUUAUCACAUGAAGAACAAACUUUCUUUGCACCAUACAGGAAAAUGGCUUUUUAAGUUUCCAUAGAGAUUCCAGCUGCACGGUAUAUUGUAGUUUUUGGAAAUUUCAGGUUUUACAUGUUUACUUAAUAUUUCAAUACGAUGUGGUUAUUUUUAAACUAUUCUUGUGUACGUAUUAAAAAACAAAUGUUAAGCACAACACAGGGAUUUGUUUUGUCUAGAAUUUAAUCCAACAAAUUGAGCAAAAGACCAGCUUUUCUUUUUACAUUCUUACACAUUAUUUUGAAAUGCAUGUGCUAAAGACCAGCAGACUAAAGGGAAAAACAUUUGUUUUGUUUGGUCAAAGAUGGUAAAUAAACCUGGGUAACGGAUAAAUCCAGCAGAGAAUAUAGACCCAACAGUAACACACUCUAAUCAUAGACUAUCACUUGGAAAACUUAUAUGUAAAGCAAAUAGCUGCAUUUAAAAACAAUGUUACUAGUUCAUAAAAAUAAAAGCCAGAGCAUAUGCAAAUGGUGUACAGAUUUUCAGAAAAGUAUUUCAAUGUGAGAAGCAUGAUGUGUGUCAGUGUUGACUGUCUUCUCUGUCACUCUUCCAAUGCACUUACUUCAAUUGAGUCGUUCAGGGAGCAUGGUUGUUUCCAAGUGUGCACAGUGUUUAAUGUGAUAUUGCACUUUUCUAUUCAUAACUGUCACCCAAACGCCUGGUGUAAGUCACGUAGACAAGUGUGUCACUAACGCCUUCAUCAAUGUCAACACUGUUUGGUUUAUAUCUUGUAAUCCUUCCCUUCAGGUACAGUUCUACAUGUAUUUAUGUUUUUACACAGGUGUACUAUACAUACAUGCGAUGUACUAUGUUAGAGUAAGGGUUUGUAUUAUUUGAAAGAUUUUUCAUGUUGUCCUUGCAUUCAUGAAAGCAAGUGUUACUCUCUCAGUCAACAGCAGACCCAUUGUGUUUUUUUAAAUUGUUGCACUGUACUGUACUGUGUUCUGUAUGUGUGCCAUUGACACACGGUUUUAAGUUUCUAUGAGUAGUCUUUGUAAUGGGAGUUCACAGCUAGUUCUGUAUACUGUACUGUACCAGUCAAUAACAUUUUAGAUUCUGAUAGUUUUAUUUUAUUAAUGUUUUAUAAUAGAUUAUGUAAUCUGUGACUCAAUAAGAUAUUGCAACUCCUUGUUCUUUAAACAGAUUGCUGCUAUGAAAAUGAUAACCCUAAAACUGUGUUGUACUGUAACUGUAAAGAACUAAGAGAAAAAUUCAUUUUGAGAAUGACCUUAAACUAAAUGUAUUUAUUUGGAAUUUUCUCAGCAUGGGAAUUAAAGGCGUAAUUCUAGAG